AUGCCUGAUCCAGUUAAAGCAGCUAAGAAAGGCUCCAAGAAAGCCGUCUCUAAGGCUACAAAGCCCGGCAAGAGGAGGAGAAAGAGCAGGAGGGAGAGCUACUCCAUCUACGUCUACAAGGUACUGAAGCAGGUCCACCCGGACACCGGCAUCUCCUCCAAGGCGAUGAGCAUUAUGAAUUCCUUCGUCACGGACAUCUUUGAGCGCAUCGCCGGGGAGGCUUCUCGCCUGGCGCAAUACAACAAGCGCUCCACCAUCAGUUCAAGGGAGAUCCAGACCGCCGUCCGCCUGCUCCUCCCGGGAGAGCUGGCUAAGCACGCCGUGUCCGAGGGCACUAAGGCCGUUACCAAAUACACCAGCUCUAAGUAA